AUGACUACGUCCUCGGAGGAUGUAUUAUUGAGCGUGAACCACGUAAGGUACAAGAAAGGAGAUGGUACGUUGUAUGUGAUGAAUCAAAGACUGGCUUGGAUGAUGGAGAAUCGUGAUACUGUGGCUGUGUCACAUAAAUAUGCUGAUAUAAAAACUCAAAAAAUUUCACCAGCCGGUAAACCAAAGGUACAGCUACAAGUAGUUCUACAUGAUGGCACAUGUUCAACUUUUCAUUUUGUUAACCCGGCCGGAGCUGAAGCUCAGGCUAAAGACAGGGACCAAGUUAAAAUGUUACUACAGAACCUCUUACCUAAGUUUAAGAGACAAAUAGAUGGAGAACUAGAGAUGAAAUCAAGACUCCUGUCUCUUCAUCCUACAUUAAAGCAUUUAUAUGAAGAUUUAGUUAUAUCAAAAGUAAUUAAUAGUGAAGAAUACUGGAACACACCCACCUUGAAACAUUACACAGAUUCCACUAAUAUGAAACAGGAGGCUGGUGUAUCGGGAGCAUUCUUAGCAGAUAUACAACCACAGACAGAUGGAUGUAACGGACUUAAAUAUAACUUAACCCAGGAUAUUAUAGAUGCAAUAUUCAAAACAUAUCCCGCGGUCAGAAAGAAACAUAUAGAUUAUGUGCCUAAUAAAAUGACAGAAGCAGAAUUUUGGACCAAGUUUUUUCAAUCACAUUAUUUUCAUAGGGAUCGUAUAGCGUCAUCAUCCAGUAAAGAUUUGUUCGGAGAAUGUGCCAAAAUGGACGAUCAGGCUAUAGCGUCGGCUAUGAAACACACGACAUUGGACUUAACAGUCGAUUUACCUCAAUUCACGGAACCCGUUCCUCUCCUACACGACGAAGACCUCCACGAGAAAGAAAAGGACGGAACUUCGAUACACCGCAGUAUGAUAAAGCGGUUCAACCAACACUCCAUUAUGGUGCUCAAAGCUAGUCAUAAAUCAAACUCCAAUAGCAAUAGUAAUAAUAGCAGUAGUAAAACAAAUAAAGUCAUCGAGAACGGUAUGAAAGAAAACGGCGUUGAAAAGAGGCCGGCAAGCGACAAAGAUCCAACGGAACCUGUCGAUAAGAAGAAAAGAAUAAUGGAAAAAAUACAUUACGAAGAUCUUGAUAGUUUAAAUAGUAAUGAGGAUGCGCAGGAGUUGAAAUUGUCUAAAGUCGAAAGAUAUCUAUUAGGUCCCGCUUCACAAGUUAGCCAAUCAAGUGCGGGCGCAAGUAACCCACCGCCGUUGUCAGCUUUAGCGUCGGUUUGUCAGGCGUGGUCCAGCGGUCAGCAGUGCCAGCGGCCGGUGCGCGUCAGUGCCGCGGCGGCGGUGGGCGCGCUGGGGGAGCUCAGCCCCGGGGGCGCGCUCAUGAGGCAGCACCACGCGGCCAGCAUGGCGCAAUUAGUCCCCCCGGACGUGAAGAUCGAGUUGAACCGCCUCUACCUCUCCGGCGGGGAGUUACUCCGGGAGCUCUGGCGCUGUUUUCCGCAGCCCGGGGCCGGAGUCGACACUGAGGACGCCAAGGAAAGGGCUCACAAGUUCUACGACGCGCUGCUCAAGUUCAGGAACGUUAAGUUGAGGCCGUUCGAAGAGAAAAUGUUACGCGACCUCACCCCUCUAGCAGCCUCACUAACAAAGCACAUGAACCAAAUGAUCGACACUGCCUGUGCGAAGUACGCAGUAUGGCAACAGAGACAAGCUAAACUGCGGUAG